AUGGCACAGAUCGAGCUUCUCAAGGCUGACGAUGUACCCGAGGAACAUCGCGAACCCUGGAUCCUCUCCGGCUACAGACAAUGUCCAUCAAGUCUUCGGUCCUGUCUCCUGAGCCUCUUCACAACGUGCAACGAAACCGCCAACUUUUGGACGCACUUUCUUCCGGGCGUGUUCUUCUUGUACAAGACCAUGGCUGCUUUGCGAACCAGCGAAGAGCCGGGCCAAUUGGCGUACGUGUGCUUUCUCAGCUCUUUGGCCGUGUUCUUGUUGACUUCGAGCUUUGCCCACGCGCUGUGGCCAAUCGGGAAGCAGACCCGAGAUGCGUGUUUUUUUCUGGACUACGCAGCGAUGAAUUUGUACAUGUUUGGCUCGGCGGCUGGGAUCUACGUGUUUUUCUUCUCGCCGAAUUUCUAUAUGACGACGAUCGGGAAGGUGUACGUGACCCUGGCUGGGUUUCUGUGUCCCGCGAGCACUCUGGUCUCUUGCCUGUCGCGGUUCGCCAAGGGACAUAAUUUACGUAAAAUAACGAAACUCGGGGCAUUCGCGAUGCUUUAUUCGUGGACGACAUUACCUCUGCUCUAUGAUCUGACAAUGCACGGAAGAUUUUCCGAGUUGGCGAAUGAAGUCAUGCAUAUCUUCAUUCUGUGCCUUGGAGUCGGGAUUUACGCACUACAUUGGCCGGAGUGCUGGUUUCCCGGAUUGUUCGACUUCCUUGGACAUUCGCACAACUGGCUCCAUUGCCUCGGCGCUCUCGCCGUUCAUUGUCAGUAUCUCGGCCUGAGUGCUCGUAAACAAGCGCAUGGUCCUUCAUUACCCGGAGGUCCUGAACGAGUAACUGCGUACUGUAAUGGUCUCUUAAGAGUCUUCACCGGUGUCUUGAUCGCCAACGUCGGCAUUAUCUGCGGCUGCGUGAUGCUUAAAAGCCGGCUUAGUCACGCGAAACUCGCGAUGAAUUCUGCCGAAAGAGAAAGAAGCUUUUCCCGUCGCAGUGGCCGCGGAAAAGUUUCCUAUUGUCAAAUGAACGAUGACUUCGCUACGGUCGCAUUUAUUUUCGAAUGUGGAACAAAGUUGGAUAUGGAUAUGACGACCAUCUGUUUGGCGGCCAGUUAUUUUCAUCGUUUCUCAGCUGUUGCCGAGAUGAGCGAGUACGAUCAGUAUAUGAUCGCUGCCACGUGCUUGUACCUUGCUGCGAAGAUGGAGGAGAAGGCGGUCGCCGCUCGAGAUCUCAUUAAUGUCGUCCAGAAUACGUUGCACCCGGAUAAAGAAGUUCUUCCUUUGGACGAAGUAUUCAGCGCCUGUGAGAAGUCCUUGGCUCACCUGGAGUUGCACAUUUGUCGAAUGCUCAAAUUCGAAAUGGUGGUUGAUACUCCACAUAAGUUUCUUCUGCAUUAUCUGCAUGACAUGGACAACUGGAUAGGAAGCCAGUUGUGGAACGAUUUGCCCAUUCCGGAAAUGUGUUGGACGCUGUUGCAAGAUUUCUUCUUUUCGUCAAACGUCUUGAAGUACUCGCCACAACAUGUUGCGAUUGCAAUAAUUUAUUUUUCCCUGCAAGUUUACGGCCGGGAAUUGCCCGAAGACCAUGGUUCUCAGUGGAUGAAAGUUUUGUGUCCUACUGUAGAACUCGAGAAAGUCUGGACUAUUAUUGACGAUCUGCAGAGUGUUUUCGAAAAAGAGGCGGCGCUGUUCCCAUCGAUUGCGGACUAAUAAACGCUAUUCCUUUCGUUCUCAUUUUUUAUAUUUCGAAGUUGUUUUCUUUCUCGUUUGGUGUGUUGAAAAUAAAUUGAUAUACAGUA